ACUAGAUGGCGCUGCGCUGAUGUGCCCUCACUUUCAAAAAGGCCUAGAAGAAGAAGUAUCACUUGUUUGGACUCCAGGUCGGUGAUGGGAAUGCUUUAAAUUACUGGUUUCUGUGGCUUGUGCGUAGUUUUGAUACGUAUGCUUAAAAUAUGACGUUUUUCUUAUUUGUCUGUAACUACUAGUGUUUGAGUUUUCGGGGAGCGACGAGGAACCUCUGCAGAGGUCCUGCAGCUGUAGGUGUAACUUGUAACUAUUGUGAAAUGAACUAAGCUGAUCUAGAGCCAGCCAUGGCUCCAGAGCACUCACCAUCGAGAACAGCAAGCGGAGCUUUAGCAGCUGAUCCCGGAUCGAUAUGUUGAGGCGAGCAGCUGCAGAUGUCAUCAUCGCUUCCUGUGUGAAUCUCCCUCCUGCGCCGCUUUGGACACGUAGCAGUAACUUUAACACGGCCGCAGCAGGAGGACGCUUCCCACCGCGGCCAUGUCCCGCUCCAGCCGCAGGUACAACAAGCCUCCGCCGCAGAGCAACGGCGGCUCUCUCCCCGGCUGCGACCGGGUGCGGAUCCCCGGAGCCCGGGUCCUGCUGCUGGGUCUGCUCGGUGUCCUGGUGCUGGCGGUGGUGCUGAGUGUCUACCUGUCCAACGACACCUCCGGCGGACACGGGAGCCGCCUGCCAGCCGUGGAUCUGGUUAAGGACAGGUUGUCCCACAAACCCAGUAAAGUCUCUGUGGCCCAGAUCCGCCGCCUGGCCUCUUUGGUUGAUGGCGCUCGCUUGUGGGAGACUCACCUGCGGCCGAUCCUAAUAGAGAGGCUCCCAGGGACUCGAGGCAGCCUGGCGGUGCAGCAGCACAUCACCUCCUCCCUGUCCUCGCUGUCGGCCGGCUGGUCCGUGGAUCUGGACUCCUUCCGGUCUCCGACCCCUCGCGGUCAGGUCACUUUCACCAAUGUUGUUGCCGUCCUGGACCCCGCGGCCCCACGCAGACUCCUGCUGGCCUGCCACUACGACUCCAAGGCCCUGCCUCCAGACCCGCGGGCCCCAGAGAGGGUCUUCCUGGGGGCCAGCGACUCUGCUGUGCCCUGUGCCAUGAUCUUGGAGCUGGCCACUUCUCUGGACGCACAGCUCAGAUCAUUCAAACAGCAGAAACUCCCGGUGACCCUGCAGCUUGUGUUUUUCGACGGCGAGGAGUCGUUUGAGGAAUGGACAGCCACGGACUCGCUGUACGGCUCCCGUCACCUGGCCGAGCUCAUGGGCAACACGCCGCACCCUGCAGCCUCGUCUCGCACCACCGCGUUGCAGGCCGUGGACCUUUUUGUGCUGUUGGACCUGCUCGGUGGUCCCGAUCCACUGAUUGCGAAUCAUUUCGACAACACGGCACGCUGGUUUGACAGGCUGAUUUCUGCAGAGAAGAGGCUCCAUCGGCAGGGCCUCCUCCUGUCUCACCCCGCGGAGCAGACGUAUUUUAGGAAAGACGUUUACCUCGGACCCGUUCAAGAUGACCACAUCCCCUUCCUUCACAAAGGCGUCCCCGUGUUGCACAUCAUCGCCACUCCCUUCCCUCAGUUCUGGCACACACUGGACGACACGGAGGAGAACAUGCAUCGCCCGACCGUGGAGAACCUCACGAAGAUCAUGGCCGUGUUCCUGGCCGAGUACCUGGGCCUCUGAACCAAAAAAAUGCCAAAUACCUCUGAGGAGAGAGCCGGUGAACAAAGCCAGCCUCUAGUCCAGCUGAUCUGGACGAGUCAGAGACUAGAGCCUGACGAGUUGGACCUCGUGUCUAAAUGUCCUGUGAAGCAAAUGGGGAAAACAUGUAGAGAAACCUGAGCAGCCUUAACAAGAAUUUACCACCGUUAAUAUGAAGAAGAUGCACUUUAUCUUCUUAAAGAUGGACUUGGAUUGAAUCGAGCUGAACGCUGUCUCAUAUUUCUCCCAAUCACUGAAGGUCUUUCUCACCUGCUUCAUCAUAACCUUUACUGUAGAAGUCCAGCCUUGUUCUCUUACUCAAGGUUGGACUCUCUGGAAGUUCAAAUCACUUUUAUUUAUUUCUUUUUAAACUCUGAAGGUCAAAAAGUUACACUUCUGCUCAUACAGAUCGGUUUACCAGCAUUGUCCGUGAAUUGAACUCAACAUCUGGUUUGACAUGACUGCCCUGAUGUUGUGUGUAAACGCCUGUGAAUUAAUUCUGCUGAUUUUUAAAAAAUCUUUUUUAAUCUCUGUCUUGUGUCGGGGUUUAGCUACCGUGGCCCUUUCUUGUUUUGUCAGUCAAUAAAAUUCUAGCAGUCUU